AUGACGCGGUUCAGCGGCAAACGACCAGCAACAAACAUGAUCGAACAUAGAAUGCUGGCACAAAUCAGACCUUUACAGACAGCCAUAGACUCCCAUAAGGCCACUUUGAGGAAGAACUUUGAGGUCCUGCCUGGAGGGUCCAGUAAACCCAGCAGUGCUGUGCCGUUCCACGCCAUCUACACAGAGCUCUACAUGACAGUAGGAGACAGUCAGGGAAUCUGCGUAGAACACGAGGUCCAGCAGAUUGAAAUGCUGCACCGGACACAGGCAAAGCCUCCAGAUGAAGUGGUCAACUGCAGUGACAUCUUCAGGCCCCUACGCCGAGAGCAGAGGCCCAUUAGAACAGUCAUGACCAAAGGCAUUGCUGGGAUUGGGAAGACCAUGUCUGUGCAGAAGGUCAUUCUAGAUUGGACCGAAGGGCAAGCCAAUCAGGAUGUGGAUUUUGUGUUUGUGCUUCCGUUCCGCAAGUUGAACCUAGUGUGCGGUGAAAAACAUAGCCUCCAUGGUCUUCUGGUGGAGCUUUCUGAAGAGCUCCAAGCCUUGGAUCAUGUGGGGUUUUACAAUGAAUACAAACUGCUGUUUAUCCUGGAUGGCCUGGAUGAGUCUAAAUUCUGCCUUGACUUCCUGGAGAAAGAGGUGUGUGAUGUAAAUGAGGUAGCAUCAGUUUCAGCGCUAGUGACCAACCUCAUCCGAGGUAACCUUCUCCCCACUGCUCUCAUUUGGAUGACGUCAAGGCCAGCAGCAGCCAAUCAGAUCCCUGCACGGUACAUUCACCAGGUGACAGAACUCAGGGGAUUUAAUGACACACAGAAGGAGGAAUUCUUUAGAAGGAGAAUUGCAGACCAAAGGUUGGCCAAUAAAAUCAUUGCCCACAUCCGGGCAACACGUAGCCUUUUCAUCAUGUGCCAUAUCCCUGUCCUCUGUUUGCUCAUUGCUACCAUGUUUCAGCAAAUAUUGGACAAGAAAUCCAACAAGGACACCCCUAGUACCCUGACUGAACUCUUCACAGAGUUUAUCGUCUCACAGAUCAAAACACGACAACAAUCACAAGAGUCCAGUAAAGAGGUUCUAUGGAAGUUGGCUAAGCUGGCCUUCAUCCAUCUACAGAGUCAGCGAUUUAACUUCUACGAGGAGGAUUUGAGCGAGUGUGGAAUCGACUCAAAGGAUGCCUCAGGGUUAUGUGUAGAGAUCUUGAAAGAGGAGUCGAUCGGUCAUGGAAAACGAACCUACAGCUUUCUACAUUUGACCAUUCAGGAGUUUCUAGCAGCAGUUUUUGUGAUCCACUCCUUUGUCACCAAGAACACAGAGGCUCUGGAGUCCUUUCAUAUUUUCGUGUCCGAUAAAAAUAUAGAACUGUAUGACCUGCUGAAGGCUGCAGUAGACAAGUCUUUACAGUGCCAAUAUGGACAUCUGGAUCUUUUUCUCCGUUUCCUUUUGGGCCUUGCGCUCGACCCCAGCCAGAAGCUCCUACAAAGCCUACUCAAAGGCACAUACAACCGACCCUUGGAUAUAAAAAAGAAAGUCACUGAGUUCAUGGACCAGAAACUGAAGGCACAAACACGUAAGAGAACCAUCACUUACAUGAAAGAGCUGAGGAAGGAGAACCUCUCGCCCAACAGGUGUAUCAACCUCUUCCAAUGUUUGAUUGAGCUACGGGACUUUGCCAUGCAGGAGGAGAUCCAAGAGUACCUAAGAUCUGAGAGGCGCAUGGACUGCCUCUCUCCGGCUCACUGCAUGGCCCUGGCAUACGUGCUCCUGAUGUCCGAGAAGGCACUGGAGGAGCUGGAUCUGAGGCAGUAUAACACCACAGAAGAGGGCCGUACAAGACUAAUCCCAGCAGUCCGGUGGUGCAGGAAGGCCCGGCUGGACUGCUGUAAAUUGACAGUGAAAGCCUAUGAGACAGUGGUCCUUAGUCUGCAGUCUCUGGGGUCACCACUGACUGAGCUGGACCUGAGCUACAACAGCCUGCAGGACUCGGGCCUUGAGCUGCUCACUCGGGGCCUUCUGAGUCCUCACUGCAAACUGCAGACACUCGGUUUGGUCGGCUGCCACCUCACAGAAGCAUCUUGUGUGGUAAUGGCCUCUGUCCUCCAGUCUGAAAACUCGGCUCUGAGCGAGUUGGAUCUAAGCGACAAUGACUUGCAGGACUCUGGACUGGAACACCUCACAGUUGGUUUAAGUCAUCAGAACUGUAAAGUACACAUCCUGAGGUUAUCAUCAUGUCGUGUGUCAACCAGAGGCUCUGAAGCCCUAGCUGGAGCACUGAGCUGUAAUGCCUCUCACCUAAAAGAGCUGGACCUGAGCUACAAUUAUCCAAGAACCUCUGGAGUGGAACAGCUUUCAGCUAAACAGCAAGAUCCUGACUGUGCCCUAGAAACCCUCAAGGUCUCGUCUGAUGAUGGCCUACUGCUCCUGGACACAAAGUACACCACCUUUAAUCGGCCACUGUACGCAGCAUUCACACUCUACCCCUCAGACACAGUCAUCUCUUUGUGCAAGAUUGAGAUGUGA